AUGGAGGCGUCGUUUGUAUCCAAAGCGAGGACGGCCUUUCAUUCCGCGGCAGCUAAAGCGGAGAGAGUCUUCACGGAUAUUAAAAAAUCUGAUUUAAUUACCACCGAUCGAGAUUCUGAUAAACAAUGUCCGAAGACAUCAAAAACUGAUUCCUCUAACAACGAGGAUGUGUCCAAGGGUGGGCAUGAAGUGAAAAAUUUGAAGUCGCCAAUAAAGAUAAAGCAGGAUUGGCACGAGAGAUUCAAGAACAUAAGAAUAGGCAAGAAAGAAGUUCAAGAUAUUAAUAAAGCUGAAAAUUCAACGAUGUCUUUUGCUAUUUUUGAUGAAAAUUUAUACCUGGUGAGCUCGGGAGAUGUUUCCCAAUCAAAGGGUUCAAAAUCGGGUUCCUCGGUAGAAAGUUCGUAUGCCUCAAACACAGAUUGUAUUCCUCCAACAGCUGUCAUGAAGCAAUUGGCCAUAGCUGUUGAGGCUGGGAAGACAUAUAAGACUAUUAAAGAUCUUCUGGCAUCAUCCAGAGAUUCUUCACCUGUCAGGGAGAGGGCUGCCUUGAAUUUCUCUGCAGUGAAGUCGUUAGUGCUACGUGAAAAGGAAGAUAAAUUCACCACUGAGUUUGGUGCUGAUGAUAAAAUCCUGUCGUUGAUCAAUUCACUGCUUGAUGCAGAAGGACAUUUUACUGGGAGUAAGGCCGGCUCUGGUUUGGAUAAACUUUCAAACAUCACAUCUUUGCCUAACGAUAUUCAUGGUGCUCCUCCUGAAAGCUUUCUUGUUAAGCUUUCUGAAGCCAUUGGAAACUUAAAAACCCUGAGGAAAAUGGCUUUGUUUUGGUGCGGGGUUGUUGCUGAACUGAGAAGACUCUGGGCUGAAGAGCAACAUAUUCCUGGCAUUCCACCAGAUGAGAUUCCAGACUUGAAAUCCUGUCUUUUGUAUCAGCAGUUGCAGGUUAUCAACUGUUGUCUCUCCAGAAAAAGGCGCCACUCUGUUGCCACUGAAGUAUUAGAUUCUGUUGAAAGGCAAGCCAGUUCAAAUGUUGAAGCACCAGCUGCUUCUGAAGGCCCAACCCCUGAAAGUUCUACUUUAUAUGCUAGAAUUAGUACUGGGGAACUUGUUCUCCGGAUGGGAGCUGAUAAAGAAUCUGAUAAUUUAACAAUGCUGGAAACUGGUGAACUUAUUUAUACCCCUGUUAUGCAGGAAGGGCCUCUGCUAACAGAAGAUCUUAUCAAGGAAACAGAGGAAUUUGUACUACGAACUGGGAGUGUUGGUGCUGGAUGUUCUCAGCUUCUCUCUGACAUGCAGGCCUUUAAGGCUGCAAAUCCUGGUUGUGUAUUAGAAGAUUUUGUAAGAUGGCACUCCCCCCCUGAUUGGAUGGAAGCUGAGGCAAGCAAUGAAGCUAAAGAAACCAUUGAAGGCGGGAUUUUUAUCGUGUGCAAGAG